UUCUAAUGACAUCUCGCGCUCUUCUUUCUCUCUCCCUCACUCUCGGUAGAUCUCGCACGCGGACGAUAAAUGUGAAAUUAUUUUAUCUAGGAUAAGCUAAAUGUUCUCGGAAAAUUUUUAAUUUUCUCGGGAAAAUCUUCAGGAUGGACGAGAUCUUCUUUGAUAUGAUGGAGUUUUUGAAGAGACCUUCAAUAACCGAAACAUUUGUCGACAUAUUGCUCUGUGCAGUGCCUAUUUGGCUGGCCGUGAUGAUUGGCAUGGUGAUCGGCUGGUCCUGGAGGCCCAGAUGGACCGGUUUGGUGUUCCUUGGGCUCCGUAGCAAAUUCCGGUUUAUCUGGACCGCGCCGCCAGGGUUCGGUGCUCGGCGGCUCUGGCUCGCUUUUACGGCUCUUUCGGCUUUCUCAGCUUGCCGCGCGCUCUGGAAUAAUUUCAGAAGUAAAAGUGUGAAAUCGGCUACCGAUCCGCUGCCUGCGCCGACGGCCGCGGAGGGAAGCGGUGAUGAUACAAGUGUAAGUGCAGAAAGAGAGCAGGAUGUUGUCACAGAGAAUGAUUUAGAGCACCUAUUGCAUCUACUUGAAGGGAAGGAUGGAGAGAUGGAGUGGCAAAGUCUGAUGGAGAGGUCCAACCCCAACAUGACAUACCAAGCUUGGCGUCAUGAACCUGAGACAGGUCCUACAGUUUACCGCAGUAGAACUGUCUUUGAGGGUGCAACUCCAGAGUUGGUCAGAGAUUUCUUUUGGGAUGAUGAGUUUCGGCCGAAGUGGGAUCCUAUGCUUGCAUACUUUAAUAUAUUGAAGGAGUGCCCCCAUACUGGGACAAUGGUUGUUCACUGGAUAAAAAAGUUCCCUUUUUUCUGCAGCGAUCGGGAAUAUAUCAUUGGUCGAAAAAUAUGGGAGGCUGGAAGGACUUAUUAUUGUGUGACAAAGGUGGUGCCAUAUCCAGGUUUGCCCAAGCAUGAUAAGCCAAGGCGAGUGGAGCUUUAUUUCUCAAGUUGGGUUAUCAGAGCUGUGGAGUCGCGUAAAGGAGAUGGUCAGCUGACUGCAUGUGAGGUUUCUCUUGUCCAUUAUGAAGAUAUGGGUAUCCCAAAAGAUGUGGCCAAGUUGGGUGUGCGACAUGGGAUGUGGGGAGCUGUGAAGAAGUUGCACUCAGGCAUGAGAGCAUAUCAGAAUGCCAGGAAAUCAGAGUCUUUAUUGUCUAGAAGUGCACUCAUGGCAAGAAUCACAACAAAAAUUUCUUUCGAUGGAAGCAUGGAUUGUUUGGAUCCAGUUUCUGACGAAGAAUAUACAGGACAGAUUGUAGACACCAGAAGGCAGAGAGAUCGUGGCAUUGAUUGGAAAUGGAUAGUGAUUGGUGGAACUGUGGCUCUGGUUGGUGGACUUCAUACAGGUGCAAUUGGGAAGGCGUUGUUGCUUGGAGCUGGUCAGAGGAUUGUCCGGCGGUAAACCUUUUUUAAGCGAGGACCUUGUAUCCAUUAAAUUCUCAUUAUCAUUCAAAAUUUUACUCACUUUUAAUGCAUCCAUCAAUUGCUUCAAUUAAGAUUAACACAUAUUUGUUAUUUUUCUAUAUAGGCUCAAGUUAAGACCACAAUAUCUGUCUUUACUUUAGGUACUGAUUUCAGUAUCUCUGUCUGAAUAUUAUAUAUAUGAAAAUCAUUUAAAUGUGAA